CGGGAGACUAGGCUUGAAUUUCAGGUCGUGAGCCAGUUCAGGAAGUUUGGCUGACACACAGCGUGGAUCCUUCUGCUGCAGACCGAGGACGCCGGCCCUGAGCACAGACGUGUCGAAUUCCACAGGAGAGAGGAGACGGAGGGGGCAGACAGCCCCAAGAGCGGGGAGCCCUGUGGGCUCUGCACUCUGAGCCUCGCUCCCCUGCUCUGGAGCGGGCCACGUAACAGCAACAAGCCUGCUGGCUCUUCUUUGGUAAACUGAGCUUUGCCCGCCCCAGGGCCACAUGUUAGUUUCUCUUCCACGAACCAGCUGACCCCACCUCCUCUCACUGACCAGGAAGUCGUGAACUCAGCUGUGUGUGUCGCUGCAUCCCACCCAGUGACUCACUUCUGUUUGCUCUUCAUCGGUUUAAAAAGUUCACAGCCAACUUUAAAAACAGGAGGAUUUUCAGGUACAAAUCUGAAUUUCUGUUUCUGCUCAGGAGGGUAAAAAAGUAAAUAAAUAGAAAGAAAGAAAAGAAAAGAAACCAAAACCAUUCAGAACUUCCUGCUGCCUGGGGCUCACUGGCUGCAACAGCUGUUUCUCAUCCAGAAGAUCACUGGGCUGGCCGCUUGCCUCUGGGUAUCAUGAACAUCGACGCGUAUUUUGAAAGAAUUGGUUACAAGAACCCUAGGAACAAAUUGGACUUGGAAACAUUAACUGACAUUCUUCAGCACCAGCUUCAAGCCAUUCCCUUUGAGAACCUUAACAUCCAUUGCGGGGAAGCCAUGGAAUUGGAUUUGGAGGCCAUUUUUGAUCAAAUUGUGAGGAGGAAAAGGGGGGGCUGGUGCCUCCAGGUCAAUCAUCUUCUGUACUGGGCUCUUACCACAGUCGGCUUUGAGACCACAAUGUUAGGAGGGUAUGUUUACAACGGUAUAGCCAACAAAUACAGCAAGGCCAUGAUUCAUCUGCUGCUGAAGGUGACCAUCGAUGGCAGGAACUACAUAGCUGAUGCUGGGUUUGGACGCUCUUACCAGAUGUGGCAGCCUCUAGAGUUAAUUUCUGGAAAGGAUCAGCCUCAGGUGCCUUGUAUCUUCCGCUUGACAGAAGAAGGAGGAAUCUGGUACCUGGACCAAAUCAGAAGAGAGCAGUACAUCCCAAAUGAAGAAUUUCUGAAUUCUGAUCUUCUGGAAAAGAACACGUAUCGGAAAAUCUACUCCUUCACUCUUGAACCUCGAACAAUAGAAGAUUUUGAAUCUGUGAAUGUAUUCCUUCAGGAAUCUCCAGCAUCUGUGUUUACAAGCAAGUCAUUUUGUUCCUUGCAGACCCCAGAAGGGGUUCGCUGUCUAGUGGGCUCCACCCUCACCUACAGGAUAUUCAAUUAUAAGGACAACAUGGAUUUGGUGGAGUUUAAGACACUGAAUGAGGAAGAAAUAGAAAAAGAGCUGGAAAGUGUGUUUAAUAUUUCCUUAGAGAAAAAGCUGGUGCCCAAACAUGGUGAUAGAUUUUUUACCAUUUAGGUAGGCAGAAAAAUGGCCUCAAUAUUACUUCUAGUGCUGUAACUUUUUAUUACAAAAUCUUUUGUUGUAUAUAAAAGUAGAAAGAAUGAAAUGAUAAAUGUCUGUUUAUCACUUAGUUUAUCAGCUAUCAAGCAGUGACCUGUCAUACUUUCUCAAUGUUCCCACGUUAUAUUGAAGACAUCAAAUCAUUUCACCCAUAAAAAUCAGCGUAUAUAAUUAAAUAACAUUUAAAAAUGCAUAACCACAUACCUUUUCAAAAUUGAUAAUAGUAAAGAUGUUUUAAUGAUGGUCUAUUGUUUCCAGAGGAGAAAUAGUGAUUUAUGCUAGAAAACCUUUCACAGUGGUUCAAUUUUGAUUUCAUAGAAUAUGUUUAUCCAUGGUUCAGCCUAUAGAACAUAGAGGAAACCAUUUUUCUUAAAUACAACCAGUGUAUGUCCAAUGUCCAAUUUGUACAGAAAUUCCACAUGUGUAAUGGGAUUACAAUUCAACCAUGAACAAUGAGACAUGACAUUGCUUCCAAAUAACCUAACAGUUCUCAAGACAAGGCAUAAACCAAUAACUUGUUAGCAUGUGAUUAAGUAUCAAGAGAAUGAUGCAACUAUUAAUUUCUUAUGUGGCUCUUCCUGUCAACACUGUUCUUCAUGUACCAUUUUUCUUAAUUUGGGAGCCCUUAAAUUUAGAAUUUUUCAAAUUUUGAAUUAAAUAUCUUUGUCUAAAUGUAAUGAAUAUUGUGAAUUUAAAAAUACUUAUUAUCUGUAAAAACUUGAUGUCUGAAAAUUAUGUUGAAACACUGUUGACCAGUAAAACAUCAGUCACAAA